AUGUCGUCCGUUACGAGGACCAGAGUGUUUACUAAACCUACUACUACGCUGUCAAAGCCCACAGAUCCGCACGAAAAACCGGAUAGCAUCUUUAUGUGCCGCUGGGUAUACGGAUAUUGGCUCAAGAAUAAACAUAUGCGGCUUUUUGCGGAGAGGAGAAAUCUCGACUGGAAUAGGAACGCCGGGAUCAUACUCUUCAAGAUAAUGGACCAGGUCCUAUCGAAGACGAAGAUCUUUUUCUUCAUGCGUCCAGCGAAAUACCGCGGUCAACCUGCCAUGAUCGUUGGCUUUGUCCAUGACGUGCGAAUGCGGAAAGUGGAUGAAAGCGAAUAUCCACAAGCUCACAUAGACACCGUACGAGAGGCUAUAGGGCUGUCGAAGGGAACGAAGCCGAGAUGGUACGAAAUAAACGGCCAGGAAUACGACCCAGACGUGGAUCCAGAGAGCGAGGACGAGGAACGUAUGGUGUAUGUGAACGACAGCGAGAAUGCGUCUACCGACUGGGACACGGACGAGUGGUCUUAG